CGCUUCUCGGCUCGUGUUAAAUGCGCGGUGGGUUGUGGGUGUGUGAGCGUCGAAGUAAAAUGGCGGACUUGGCAAACGAAGACAAGCCUGCCAUAGCACCUCCUGUGUUUGUUUUCCAAAAAGAUAAAGCACAGAAGCGAUCUGCAGAGGGCUCGAGUGCAGAAGAUGGAGAAGAUUCAGAUAAAGAUGAGGGAAGCUAUUGCCCCCCUGUGAAAAGGGAAAGGACCUCAUCAUUCCCACCCCCACAUUCUGUUCCCAAGAACAAUGUAUUCAUGCCCUCCAGUUUCUGCCAGUCCCCGACUGGGAACUCUGACUCGGAGCCAGAGGAGAAGCCUGUGGGGUUCCGUUUAAAGCCACCGACUCUCAUCCACGGACAGGCCCCCAGUUCAGGUGUCCCGAGUCAAAAACCCAAGGAGCAGCAGCGCAGUGUACUACGUCCUGCAGUCCUCCAGGCACCAGCCUCUAAAUCACAUAUAGAGUCCAAUUCCAGUUGUGGAACCAACGGCGUGAAAAAGUCAUCAGACGGCGCGCCGUCGACCCAGUCGCUGUUUCUGAACAACACAGAGCACUCAGCCAAGUCACAGAAACAUGAAAAUGAGGACGACGGAGCGAGUGGAAACAAAGAUGGAGGCAGAAGAGAGAAGGACUCGGAUGUAGCAAUAUCAUUUGUGUUUGGUCAGAAUAUCAAAGACAGAGCAAAGUUGGAAGAGAACAGUACAGAAGACAACUCAAAGGAUAGUGUGCCUCCAGACUCUCAAUCAGAAGGCACUAAUUAUUUCUUACAGUACAUCUCAACCCCCAGCUCAAAAAAUGCCACGAACAGCGCAGACAGCGGAUCAAAAUUUGUUUUUGGCCAGAAUAUGUCUGAACGAGUUCUGAGUCCCCCGAAGGGCGAGUCUUCAAAAGAGGAGAGUAAAGAGGUUUCAGCUGCCCCUGCUUCACAGCCGUCAUCACAGGAACCCACCCCAGAGAAGGUGAACAGCGUGUCGGAGUCUUUGGAGGAGUCUGCAGCAGCGUACACCAAAGCCACAGCCAAGAAGUGCAUCUUAGAGAAGGUCGACGUGAAAACCGGAGAGGAAUCAGAAAGCAACGUUUUACAGAUGCAGUGCAAGUUAUACGUGUUUGAGAAGACGGCUCAGUCGUGGAUAGAGAGAGGUCGAGGUUCGCUGAGGCUGAACGACAUGGCGUCGACAGACGACGGCACGCUACAGUCCCGUCUAGUGAUGCGGACCCAGGGCAGCCUCCGGUUGAUCCUCAACACUAAACUCUGGCCCCAGAUGCAGGUGGACAAGGCCAGCGAGAAGAGUGUACGAAUCACUGCCAUGGACACGGAGGACCAGGGGGUCAAGGUCUUCCUAAUAUCGGGUAGCUCUAAAGACAUAGGUCAGCUGGCUGCAGCGUUACACCACCGUAUCCUAGCCCUGAAGAGCCGGGCGGAGCAGGAGCCCGAGGCCCCGGCGACAACCAUCCCCGAAGCCGAGGUACCGCAGUCCAACGAGGAAGACAGCGACGAGGAAGACAACGCCUCGGCCUCCGCUUCAGCCUCCACUCCUGCUACAAGUAAUUCAGAGGGCGGAGAGGGCCAGGCAGCGGGAAGCACAUAGCGUCUCUGUUGGACAGCCUGCCAAGAUGCUGCUGUCGAAGCAUUUUGCUGUAGGCAUCUCCAUGGACACCCCGUGACCAACAUGGGUCCCCCAGACCAGUACUUUUGGAUAUUAGAAGUCUAGCUCCAGGAAAUAACCCCCUGUGCCGGAGUGUCUCACCCAACUUGUGCAGUUCAUCUUCUUCUGCAUUCAGCGUAAUAUCUGGAGUUGUUUCUUCCUUCCCUCUCCUGUUUUGUGUUUUAUUUUUUUUUUUCAGUACUUUUUUUUUUUUUUUUUUUUUCCUCUCCCCGAUAGCAAAAAUAAAGACUUCAAAGCUUUGGUUUGGGACUUUUCUGCUCAUCAUAUUGAUGAGUGUAAGGGUGUUCUCCUCUACAUUUUAAAGUAUGGCACAUGUUAAGACUGCAGUUUCUACUUUGGGACCUUUAUACUCACUCAACAGACGUUGCCUCUGGACGCCACACAUCCAGAGGAGCUUCAUCCACACUGUAUUUGACUAGUCAUCCAAGUCGGUCGUCCUUACAUCAAUCCACACCCUGCCCCCCCCCCCCCCCCCCCCCCCCCCCCCCCCCCCCCCCCCCCCGGUCCCCCCUCCCCUCGCCCUUCCCCCAACCAGUCCGUGUGUUAGGUUUUUGGCAAAUUGUAAUUUAUUUUGGGCUGUCAUUUUCAUGAGGCAUCUCAACACAUAUGUGCUGUUUGUAAUGGCUAGCCAAGACCACUCGAGUUGUCAUUAAUAGCAGUUUCUUAUAUUUCCUAUUGACCUAUAUUAUAGUGAAUAAAAGACUGAAACAACACGGUUUCUGCAAAUGUGAGUGAUUUGAGGACAAAAGGGCAGAAGGAUUCGCCUCAACUUUUUUUUUGUCUAAAUUAAUAAGAUGUAUUCUUCUUCACCAUGUACUUUUAUUUUUCCAAAUUUGAGAGGAAUUAACUCAUCAGGCUACAUUCUGCAUGUAACUUUUUUUUUUUUUUCCUUUUUGACAUCCCAUGCGUUUAUUGUGUUGAUACAUAUUUUUAUGUUGAGAAUAUAUGAACUUUUUAUUCAUUUACAUUUGG